AUGCAGGAAGCAAAGUAUGCAGAUAUGGAGGCUGUCGUUGAGGUCGACGAAGCAGUGACUUGGGAAGCUGGUCGUAAGGCGUGGUUGAUCGUCCUGACCUUGGCUUUUGUCAGUUUAAUCGUGGCACUUGAUGCAACAAUUUUAGUCACAGCUCUCCCGACUAUAUCAGAGGACUUGAACGGUAGCGGCAGUGCAUCCUUCUGGGUGGGCACAUCAUACCUCCUUGCGAGCAGUGUCUUGAUGCCUUUCAUGGGAUCUCUAUCCGAUAUACUAGGACGCCGAGAGAUCCUAACCACCGCCCUACUUUUCUUUACCAUCGGCAGCAUUAUAGCUGGUGUUUCCCAGAGCAUGGACAUCCUACUACUUGGUCGCGUUUUACAAGGGGUAGGGGGCGCCGGAAUUUUGCCCAUGACCCAGAUCGUUCUCUGCGACAUUGUUCCUCUUCGAUUUCGUCCUAAAUAUGCAUCGGUCGCACAGUUGGCAUGGGCAAUAGGGUCGAUAACUGGUCCGUUGAUUGGAGGUCUCAUGGUGCAGCAUGUGACUUGGAGAUGGAUCUUCUACUUGAACCUACCCUUUUGUGGAGUGGGCAUGAUCAUCGUCCCUUUCAUCAUCAGACUUAAAACAAAACAGUCAUCUAUCAUGACAAAGUUGACACGCAUCGACUGGAUUGGGGGAUUCUUGUUCAUUGGGAGCAUGACUGCCUUUUUGAUGGCCGUUACCUGGGGUGGUGUCGACCACGCAUGGGAUAGUGCAGCAACUCUAGCUCCAUUGAUUGUCGGCGUUGUCGGAACAUUUGUGUCUAUCCUGUGGGAGAAAUGGGGUGCCCGUGAACCGUUCAUCCGGCUCGCCAUCUUCUCGAACCGAUCUGCCCUUGCCGGCUACUACUGUGCUAUGACACAGGGACUAGUGCUGUUUAUUCAACUAUACUACCUCUCGUUGUACUUCACCUCGGUCAAAGCAUUCUCGCCCGUACAUACGGGCGUCGCCGUAAUCCCUAUGAGCAGCGUCCUCGUGCCAACCGGCGUCGUUGUCUCGCUACUCAUCUCUCGGACCGGUCGUAUUCGAUGGGCCCUAUGGUCUGGCUGGGUAUUUGAAAUUCUUGCAUCGGGCCUAUUGAUCUUGAUGGAUAGCUCCAUCUCAACUUGGCGAUGGGUUCUCAUUCUAAUGACGGCUGGCUUCGGACACGGCUUGCUCUUACAAGCGCUCACAUUUGUGCCUCAGACCAUGGCUAAGGACACAGACGAAUCUUAUGCAGCGACAAUGUACAAUUUUUCACGUACAUUUGGAAUGGCUUUCGGAGUUGCUAUAGGGGGUACAAUGUUUCAAAACCGAUUGAAGCAACACCUGGCAUCGGCUGGUCUUGAUGUUACUAUAGCUAGCAACGCAGACCAGUACGUCGCUGUGCUGAACACAAUGACGGAUCAAUCGCUCCGAGAAGAUAUCUUGGCGGCGUAUGCAGCUAGCUUCAAGAAUGUCUUUGAGCUUGCUCUUGCUCUUACAAUAUUGGGUGCGCUUGUUUCUUUGCUAAUUCGCAAGUCCGUUUUCGAUCGCAAGCAUGUGACGGAGCAUGUACUUGAGGAAAAACGUACAAGCAGUCUCAAGGAUACUUCGAGUAGUGAUGAUUCUGUUUAA